AUGGCGGACAAGGAGCCCGUCGUGGACCGACCCGAGGCGGCUGAGGAGGAGGAGGACGCCUCAGCCGCCGCCGCUGCCGCGGGGGAGGAGGAGGACACGGGCGCCCCGGUGGCCCCCAUCGUGCGGCUCGAGGAGGUAGCCGUCACCACCGGCGAGGAGGACGAGGACGUCCUGCUCGACAUGAAGGCGAAGCUGUACCGAUUUGACAAAGACGGGAACCAAUGGAAGGAACGAGGCACGGGCACCGUCAAGCUUCUCAAGCACAAGGCGACCGGCAAGGUCCGCCUAGUCAUGCGCCAGGCCAAGACGCUUAAGAUCUGCGCGAACCAUCUCGUGGCCUCCACCACGAAGAUGCAGGAGCAUGCCGGCAGCGACAAGUCGUGUGUCUGGCACGCUGCUGACUUUGCAGAUGGCGAACUCAAGGAGGAGAUGUUUGCCAUCAGGUUUGGUUCGGUAGAAAAUUGCAAGAAGUUCAAGGAGUUGAUUGAGGAGAUUACCGAGUCACUUACAAAGACUGAGGGCAAGGAAGGUGAAGAUGGUUCUUCCACGGCUGAAUUGCUGGAGAAGCUCACUGUGAGUGAGGGCAAAUCUGAGGAAAGAGGCAAGUCGGAGUCAACUGAUUCUGGCAAAGUGAACGAAACCAAAUCUGACGCAGCCCCAGCCGAGUAG